AUGGACACAGACACAGGCAUGCACCAAAACCAACACAACAACAACCACAACCAACACAACAACCAACAGUUCAAAAUCCAGCACAACAACAACAACCAACACAACAACCAGCACCACAACAACAACCAGCACAACAACCACCUCCACAACCAGCACAGCAACCAACAGUUCAAAACCCUGCACAACAACAACCACAAACAGAGCAAGGACAUAAAAGAAGUAGAGAACAAGGAAACCAAGAUUUCUUAA